CGUUGUUUUGGUGACAAGUUUGCAAGGUUGACCAAAGCUUGGUCUGAAACGUCCACGCGAGAUUAUCACUUCUUUCUUUCUGACCACCACCAUCUUAUCUCUUGCAUAAAUCUUCUCAGCGAAACCUUUUUCAACUUGAUUGACUUUGUCCUUGAACUAUGUCGAGCUAUCAGAUACUCGACUCAUCGCCCAUCCGCAUCCCCUCUCUUCACGAUACAGAAGUUCAUUCACGGCCCUUGAAGCGUUCUGCAUCUCUGGCAUCUCUUCCUACUCCUCCAAGAACGCAUCACAAGCGAUCUCGUUCAAAAGCAGUGUCAACGACCUCUAGACACGCGUCAGAGGACAGUGGCAGCGCGUCAGAACUCGACGACGACUUUGGUGGAGGCUACGCUGCUCGCACCGUCAAAACACGCAGCAAAAGUGAGGAUGAAACUGGCGGGGACAUGGAGAGUGGUGCGCGCUUGGUGAAGAAAAAGCGACGGACUAAGGAUGUACUUCCCGCGCAUGACGAGGAAGAAGACACCGAGAACGCGUUCUGGACGGGUCGUCGUAGUGGCACUGUUGGGCACAAAAAGGCAGCGGAGGAGGAUACGGAAGAAGACAAGUCUCCUUCACCCGCACUGUUGAAGUACCGCGUCCGUGUACCCGUAUCGCCACCCCCUUCCCGCAGAGCACCCCAAGUCCAACCUCGCGCGUCGUCAGUGCAGCGUUCACGGUCACCCCCGCCUGCACUUCUUCUACCAAAGCCACCCGUGACCCCACCCCGCAAACUCUUCCUUCGUGCGCCACCACUCCUUUUGAAUUCCAAGGCCAAGAAAAUUUGGCCUACUCGAGACUCCCCCGAUAACCCUUUCCUCGCUGGCGAGGGCGAAGCAAGCACGUCUAAAGCGAGCGGCUGGGAGAGCAGUGAUGACGAAUUACCCGUCGGAGAAGCCCGUGAGCGUGAAAGCACGCCAACUCCCGCACCAGUGUUCGAGGAGAAGCCGACAAUCACCUAUGUUUUCCGAGGUCAAAAAGCAACCUUCCACAACCCUCAAUAUGGUCUUCCCUCUGAAAUUCUCGAAGCGUCUAAACUGCCGAUCGAUCAUCCAGAUUUUGAAGUCGCUGAGGCAUGUGCCCCCCGCCGGCUCUUCGCCAACAAGCUUAAGCGCAAGCCUCGCGACCGCAGCCAGGACGUUGCUCCGAACGGCUCCCUCGGUGCCAAACGUGCAAAGAUUGUACAUUCAGAUGCCAGCGCAUCUGAGGGCGAGAAGAGCUCCGCAAGCACCGGCUCCACCAAGAAGAUAGUCUUGGCGGAUGACACAGAGCGGGAGCCCGUGUCCUCCAAGCCUUCUGACAAGGGAGCUGAGCGUCUUGAGCUCCUGCAACACGCUCGGGAGGAUCGCGAACGCAGGGAGAAAGACAGCAAGCAGCGCCUGGCCUCGAAGGAUGGCUUGCGCGCUGGAGCGAUUGUUGCGGAGAGGGACAACCCUGUUCGGCGUGCAUUGGGUCCUACCCGUUCUUCGUAAGUUGCCGGCAACAACGAAAAUUCGUUGCUUUGUUCCCAUGUCGGUUUAUUUUUUUCUUGUAUGUGCGGUACCUCUUUCCUCUACCUAUACUGUUCUGUUUCCUGCGAUGCCCCAUGCUCUCCACGCCCCUGCGACACCCCAUCUCCCUUGACACAUAAUUUCGUUAUAGUGCGUAUUACUCACCCAUCAGAUCCGUUGAACACUCGUUUACAUUGACCGCAUCCACCAUCCAGUACUAGUCGACUUCGUUGCAUUGACAUGUCAUAUCUACAUAACUCUACUUAGGCGUAAGUUAGUCUUUCGGAGCUCUGGCGUCGGUAUAUUUGCCUACAUACAUCUCGAAUACAAUAUGUUUAUACCAUGAAGAACUUGUCACAUAUGAAUUGACGCUCGUUCAUUG